UGACAAUAAAAAUUCCUGACAAGACUGGACAAGUUAGUUCUGUUGACCGGGAUUCCAAUAUGUCUUCCAAUGUCACUAACACUUUAACUGCAUGAAUUAAACUGUAUAGCAAUUGGAUUUUUGGUUCCGGCUCCAGGCGGAUUUUUCUCCUGAUCCGGAGACAGGAAAUUAUUCAUCCGGAUCUGCGAGGAGCUUUCAUCUACUGCAAGCAUCUCCAGACACUCUGGGAACAGAUCUCAGCCAGUAUCCACUUACUUCACCUCCAGAAAGUGGGCGAGAAUUGUCGCAACAUACUAUCAGAAAUAUGGACAGCACUGUUAACAAUGAGACUACCUCCACCAACGAUACACAGGAGAUCUCUUCCUCUCAGCAGGAAUCCGACGGUCAUUUAGGUGAUGAUGCAAAUUCGACCUCAUCCUUUCAAGACAGUCACCAGGAUGAAGCGGUGCACUCUGCCAUCAUGGAAGUAUCUGGAGAAUUGAUGCUGGGGCGCUUUUCCACCCACAAACAUGGCUCAGGGGGCAGCGAAAGUUCUGACCUUUCUGAUGAUGACCACCAUAGGCUCGGGUCAGGUGGGGUCAUUGCGAAAUACCCAGAAUCUUCUACUGGGUUAUCUGAUAACGACUGGAAUCCUUAUGCUACUGAGUCAGAUACUAAUCAAACACCUAGGUCACCAAGAUCUAAUAGCGAUGAUCAAAGUCAAGUGGGAUUUGUCUCAAAGGCGUCGCUAAAUAUUGGGGGUAGUGCGAAGCCUAAAGAAUCAGUAGCGACUGUAUCCAUGACAACUGGUGAGGUAAAUGUUAGGGAUAGGAAAAAUGGGAAUGAAGAUUCAACAAGUAAUGCAAAUGCCAGCGAGAAACUGGAUAUUUUGAGAUACGUAGUUGAUGGGGAGAAUGAUGCGCGGAGAUCCCCUGAAGCUCAAAGCGAGUACACAGAUAGAACAGUCUCAGCGAGGCAGUCAAUGGAAUCUGGGAGUUACAGGUCUGAACAGUCUGGGACAUUGUCUGGCAGGCCCUCAUCUGAGUUUGAUCAAGACAACUAUAGAAGGGAAUCAGGAGAAUCUGCCCAGAGUUACGGUUCCGGAACUCGAUCUGGUCGGGAAAGUGGAGAGUCUCAGGGACCUAGUGGUAGAAGUUCUCGCUCAGAUCAGGAGGCUGGAAGACAGUCUGUUGAGUCCCAAAAGAGUGGAAGGUCUGAGUUUUCCCAGAGCAGCGGGCAGUCCCAGCCCAGUCAGAAAUCCAGUGCAAGGUCUGCGGGUUCUGACCGAUCUGAGAGGUUGGACCGGCUUGAAGAGACAGCUGGCGAUAAUAUUAAGGAACUGAUACAAUUUGAGUCUGCUCAGAGGGGAACAUCAUCAGGAGAAGAUACAAAGAAGGAAGAGUCAUCCGAUGUAGCUCAGAGAAAGCAAAGGGAAGAUACUAGUCCAGUUUCUCGCACAAGACUCACUGCUAGACUCGAGCCUUAUGCAGGUCCAGUGAGGUCUUCCAAGUCUCCAGAAAUAAGUUCCAGCGCUGCACGAUCUGAGGACAGGUACAUCUGUGUGGCUGAGAGGGAGAGACUGUUGUCUGACAGUCCGGAGUACUCCAAACUACUGCCCAAACACAUGUCUCAAGAUAGAAAGGAAGAUAGUGAAGGUAAAAGGAGGUAUAAUGCUGAAGAAAAAUUGGAAAGAGAUCCACCAAAGUAUAGCUCAUCUAUAGUUCCAAGGUCAAUAGAAACCAUUGCCACAAGAUCACCUAGUCAAGUCUCGAUGAGAAGGGUGUCGGAUUUGUUUGAGGAGACAAAGAGACAAUCAAGAGAGGCGAUUCAGUUUCAGAGGCCGGAGCCAUCAGGGAGCGAGGAGAGAUUCCCAUUAAGAGAGAGAAUGGCCCUAUCCAAGCAUGAUGAAUCUUUCAAAAUGCAGGACAAAAGUGGCGCCAGUGAGGGGAAGCUGGAGAAAUCUCGUGACUCUGAGAAUGCUAGGUCUUUGAACAGCGAAGAAGUAGCUAGGGUUCUUGGAAAGUAUGCUGAUGAUGAAACAAGUGAACCAAUGAGGAAAAAGGAACCCAAACCUAAAGGCGAUGCCAUUUUGGUCUCUGCGUUUGAGAGAUUAGAGCAGCCAGCAGAAAUUGGAGCUAGCGGUGCAGUAGAUUACACUGGGGUUAGACUGUCAGAUCCUCACAGAGGAGAUGAAUCGGACGAUGAGAUUGCUAGAAGAGUGAGGGCCAUUCUUUCGCAGACUGAUCACUUAGGAGGAAUGAAGGGUUAUACUGCAAGGAAUCCAGGCGAGGUGGACUAUGUUCCAAGGACAAUUGAUUACUCAUUGCUGCAAAGAGAUCUGCAAGAAAUCCAGGACAGCCUUCAUGAUGUUCCCCAGCCUGCUGCUAAUGACAGUAUGCACUUGUUGAAAGCAAGGAGAGAUGGUGCUGCUGAGGGGAUUGGAGAAAACCCUAGGGAAGACACGAGAAUGUCUCUUGAGAACACAGCUACCACAAGUGGUGGAAGAGAGAGCGGAGUUAGUGAAUAUGGACGAAGGCUUAUCUGGGACCAUGGAGCAGAUCUCCAGUAUGAUCAGGGCUUUGGUGGGGAGUUUAUGGGGACAAUGGCUACAGGGGAUACAUUAUCGUCACGGAUGAGAGGGUCGGGAGAUACGGAUAGCCUUACUGUGACUGUAAGACCAGAUUCUGCUGCCACUAAUGAUACUGAGAAUGAUAUGACUGAUUUUGAAGGAACAAGGACACUAACAGGAGAUGAUAUGAGUAGGGCUGAAAAGAUUGUUCAGCAAGUUAUGAGUCGUAGAGCUGAGGGGGAUCUCAAAGAAUCUGUAGAAGAUAUUAUAGCAAGGUACAGAAAUGAGAGACAAGACUUGUUUGACAGAUUUCAGCCAACAGAACCAACUGUCUCAAGACAGUCAGAGCCAAAGCAGAUUGAUGAAGUUGAAAGAAGAGAGGAAAAAAAAUCGACUCCUGCCUUGGCAAAUCCAGAUUUUGCUUUGCCCAAUGUGAAUCCUGCUGGAGAUGCUAGUGGUCCAGUGAAUGGUAAAAAGCAACCUGGCUUAGCUGAGAGGGUGUACAAGAUACUAUCUGCUGAUCCCGAUAAAGAUGAAUCUGAUUCUUCCCAAGACAAGAGUAUGGCUAAGAAAGUGUAUAAGAUUCUAGCUUCAGACAGACCCAAAGAGCAAGUUAAUGGCAUCCUUACAGAAACUCUAGAAGUUGAACAUGAAAUGCUGAAGAAAAUGGUAUCAAGACCAAAAGAUGAUUCCAGUUUAGAUGACAGCGGUCUAAAUGAGACAGCGGAUAGUUUUGCACCAGAUGAUGAUAAUGUCCGAAAACAGCUUGAGUAUUCUCAGUUUAGUUCCCCUGGGAAGGGAGACAAAUCAGAAUUUACAGCACUAAGGGAGGUAACCUCAGCUCCUUAUUCCGCUCUGAGUAACGCCAAAUCUCUGUUAUCCACACAACUGAAGAAAAUGUCAGAGCGAAACUUUGACAAGAGUGUUGAACUUCGCACACCCUACAGACAAACUGUUGAGUGCUACCCAGUGUAUGGCAUGGAGAGGCAGUUAACAGAAAGUGGGGGACAGGAUAUGGAGGAUGUGCGAGAGGCCUGGAUGCCAUCACGGAGGUCAGCUGGGUCGAGAUCCACCGCACCUACUGGUGGAAGGGACAGGGCACUAGACAGCGAGAGGUUUUACGUAACUGAUAGAGAUCGUGAGCCUGUGACCCAUCAAAGAACAUACAGUGACCCAUUUGACACAUCCCCCUCUAGACGAUCAGCUUUAAGGGAUGGACACACGAGGUCAAGGUCAGAAGAAGCUGUAGGGAUUAGUGACAUUAGCCAGUAUAGUACAGCUGACCAGAGACCAUUCAUAGAUGACCACUGUACUCCACAGCAGCAUAGACCGCAAGAGUGGACAUAUGACUUCUACACAAGUCCAAGUGACUCCAGUGGCCAUCGUCGCCAUAGCGACAGUAGCGAUGGCAACAGGUGGUGUUUCCAUAGCAACCAGGCACUUGACCUUCCAAAGGAUCCAGAAUAUGAAAUAUAUGACCUCAAAAAAGGGUCUGAGUCUCAUGCGACUGGGUCCAAGCAUUCUCUAGAACAAGAAAGGGCAUCUAAUAAUUCAAGUCCUGUGAAAAAAUUAAAACAAAAUGGCCACCAAAGCAGAAGUAGAGAAACAAAAAAGAAAAAUGGUCAGGUAUCAUUUCAGGAAAUGACCCAAAUGUCAAAAUCUUUACCUAGUCACUACCCAGGGGCAGGUUUUGUUGACCAAGUUCCAUUUUCCACAGAUGAUGUUUAUGAUCUGUUGUGUCGAAGCCAGGCACAGGAAGAAAAACUUGCUGAACUUCAGAAAAAAUUAUUUGGUCGGCCCCCUGACCUUUCUCAAAAUACGACCUCUUGCAGUGACCUUUCACCAAGAGGUCAAGGUCAAAGUGUGUCUGGUUGCUAUGGCUACCGAGUGCCACCUGUUGGUCAUAGUUCAGUUAUAAGGGAAAGAGCAUCAAGGGGAAGUUACCGUGGCGAUGGUUCCCCCUCCCCGACAGAGUCAGACACCAGUGGAUCAAGAAAGCCAGGGGCAAAGAUUCGACCAUACAGGCCUGCGGGCAGUCGUGACAUGUACUACACAGAGAGUGGGGAUGAGACCAAUGAAAGUGCCACCACCUUAGAGAGCACACAUCCAGCCUCGUCUUCAACAAGUGAAGGUGGGUCAGAUGAUGCAGCCCCACCCUACAUCCCGGCACACUUUCUGGGCUCUCGACGAGAUGACCCUCCAAAACACCCAACUGGUAUCUACAGCAACAAGGACAAAGACAUUCUCUCCACUAUUGAUGAACAGUCUGUCAAGGAUGACAAAGAAAAGGCUCUCUCUUCAAGCACUGGCAGUGGAAAGGGUAGACUGCCUGCAUCUGGUGGUGAUGCUGAGGAUCGAAGAUCAAACCCUGACCUUGCUGGCAGUCGACAUAGCGAGGACAAGCGCAGCACUGUGACCUCUGACACCGGUUACCAUAGCAACCCCAAUUUAAGGUCACACUCCCCCUUCAGCCAGAGAGAGGCUGCAGGGUUGGAUUCCGGUGACCGUGACCUAAAUCGACGUAAUCAGGGUAACGGAAAAGGGAUUAACCCGAGUGGUAGUGAAAAUACAAUCUCAGAGAGGCCUGGGUUCAAAACAAGAGAAGAGUUUCAAAGGGAUUUUGAAAGAAGGGAGAGGGAGUUGAAAGAAGUUCUUGCUAGGUCAAGACGACCCCACACUUCUGUGCCUUUGGAGAGGGAUUCUCUAGGAGCUAGCACACGAUCUGAUCCAGGUGGUGCCUUAGAAGAGGCUAAUCCACGUUGGGAGUAUCGUGAGUCUGACCAGAUGGGGGAAUUCCGACCUCUGGAACCUGAGCCUGCCUACCCUCAAGACAGAGUUCGACAUUCACGGUCCCGCUCUGAUACAGACCUCGUGGCUCUCUCCCCCACGGAGAGCCAGAAGUACUCCUCCCCCAUGCAGCCAGGUACAAGAUUUCUGGAGCUUUCAACCCAGCCAUCACCCAUCUUCAGUCACCAGGACUCCCUCACACGUGAGCACCGGGGUAGGGCUGAGGAGCUGCCCAGGGUACCACCCAGUAGAGAAUUCCCCCAGUCCCCACCUGCACAGGAACUGCCAAAUGUUCCAGACAGGAGACCAGCCACCCCACCAAGGGAAUACCCAGUCCGACCCCUUGAGCCUGGGGAAAGGUCAAGGCCCCAGGAAGGUCAAAGGUCAACAGUGUUGGAUAACCCCAUGGGCCCAGUAGAUAUAGGGGCCGACCCCAGGAGGUUAGGGACCAUGAGGCGCCCCACAGGGGAUGGUGGAAACUCAGGGGACAGGAAGGAAAAAAGGGCAAAGUCACCAUUGGAUGUCAGACAAAAGGAGAUGGAAGCUGAACUGGAGAAAUUGAACAGACAAUUGGCAGACCAGGUGGCAGAUAUCAAAGUUGGAAGGCCGGAGGAGGAAUAUUUUGAGGACAAUUUUCCUCCAAGCAAGAAGGCACAAGUGUUGAGGGAGGUUUUAGAACAGGAGUAUCAAGAUGGUUUGCCAGCAAACAUCAAUGACAUGUGGUCCCGCUUUAAGGAGCACAGAGAGCAGUCAGUGACCGAGAGUAGCCUAAACAGUACAAGACUUGACACACUGUCUGGCCUGUUACAUAACCCCACCCAGCAUGCUGUACACUCGUUUAUCAAGGAGAAAUCUGUAGAAAAUGUGAAACAGAAGCAAGCAGAGAUUGAGCAGCUUGAAAGAGAGCAUGAGGAGAAACUGCGCAUGAGAAUCGAAGAAAAACGGGUCGCCGAAGAGCGGGCAUCAAGGGAGAGAACUCAACGACGACAAGAAUUAAGGGCCAAAUCAGGCAGUGGGAUCAGUGAGGAAGAGAGUAAUGGGAGUUAUUCGGAGAUUUUAAUGGAGGAGGAGAGAAGAAGGGAGAGAUUGAAAAGACGGGAAGAACGGGAGGGGAAGAGAAAUAAAUCACCAAAUAAACGGUCCCCACGAGAUGGAAAAGUGGAGGCAAAGACUGAAAGUCUGCGAAAGGACAGGAAGGCAGGAAAGGAAGGCCAGGAGGGGAAAACAAAAGAGCAAGGGAUUGUUACAGAUAUUAGGGCAAGAAAGAAUGUGAAUAAACAUAGUGAAAGUACUGAUACACUGUUUUCCAUCCCUGAAGACGCUAGUUUUGAGCAGUCUCCGACAAAGGCUGAAUCCGAGAUGAAGGCACGACAGAAGAGACAUAGGCAUAUUAUAGACCCACUGAUGAUGAAACUAAGAGAUAAAAUCAAAAUGCAGAGGGACAAGAUUGAUAAGGAGAGGCGAAAAGAGCUUCAGAGAGUGCAGAAGUUGAAGAAGCUUGAGCUGCUACUCAAUGCGAAGAAAAAGGGGAAAUUAUCGGAUAAAGCCAUUGGGGUAGAGUUGGAGGAUGUCUCAUCCACAUCUUGUGUUAGUCACUCUGAUGGUUCACAUUUGUCGGAUUCUAUGCUUACUGCGCAUCUGUCGACUUCUAACGAAUCUGAUGCGUCGUCACAGUCAUCUACGCUAAUAGACAGUACAAUUGAUAGUAAUAUAAAACUUCAGGUUAAGAAAUACCCUGAGACUGAGUUUAGAAGUCCAAAGAAGAAGUAUGUUGAAUCAGAUUCCACUGAAACUUCUGACUUUAGUAAUAUAGUGGUAGAAAGAAUUACUGAGAAAAAGGGGGGAAAGAAAAAGGAUAAGAAGUCUAAGGAAAAGAAAUAUAAAGUUGAUGAGUUUGGUAGGAAAAUCAAAAAGGAAAAGCGAGAAAAGAAACAGAAGGCUGUAUUUGGCGUUGAAUUGUCAGAAAAGGAUAUUAUUAACCAGCUUCAGCGUUAUGAACAGUAUAUGACACCAGAGAGAAAACGCCGAAGUCGGGAUGCCAGUACAAUGUACCCGUCUCCGAUAACAGUCAGCCCACCAUCGAGAAGACGUAUGCGCGAAGUGCUGAUGAAAUCAGAAGCUAUACAAACCAGUCCGUCAAUACGAUCAACAAGUCCGACUCACGCAUACGAUGAGGUACCGGUCGCACCAGUGCCCUAUAUGUCCAGACAAAGUGGAAAAACCCAGAGGCGACGCCCAUCUCCUUCCCCCAACCGAUCAACGCAAACCUCAACAUCCCCAGUGGGAAGACGAUCGUCCAGAUCACCCACCACAAGUGCCAACAGGAAGUCAUCUCGAUCGCCAGUCACAUUUGCCCUGAGGCCGACAUCGAAAUCGCCCACUUCUCAAAGGCGACGAUUUAUCCCACCAAUUACAAGAAAGCAAGCUCAGUCACCGAUUUGGAAACCGGAGCGUGAGUUGACUACCCCUCCAAUGAACAGCAUGUUCACACCUGAGGGGGAUGAAAAUGCAGACCCUGCCAGAUGCAGCAAACAGGAAUCUGCAACUUGGUUUAUCCCGAUGAAGCCCGGCCAGCCAUGGAGACAGCCAUUAAAAGAACGCCAAGCAUUAGCAGUCCGCCAAGAAGCAUGGCAACCAAAAUCUGUCUCCCAGUCGACUUGGAAAGACAUAGUGCAUGGGGAUGUCCUUAAAGACCAUGGUGAUCCAAAUGACAUCUCCAGGGACACCAAGUUUGACCUUGACCCUGAAGGCAACCCUAUAGGUGAAGGGUCAGACUCGGAGGAAUCAGAGGUGGACAUUGGCAUGGAGAAACCACUGACCAAAAUGAGCCUUCAGGAGGCGUUUGAAGCCCGUAAGCGUGCGACCAUCUCCCGCCUUCGUGAGCGUCAGAAGCGAGUGACACUAGCAGCAGAGCAGCGUAAGAUGGAAGAUUACCUGCGUCUGGAGCGGGACCGACUCUUCAAUGAGGAGAGAAAGAAAGAGGCCAACCCAGAGGCCCAUCCUUACAGUGGCCAUCUCCACAGACCAGCCAGGAGGAUUAUCUCGAAAGAAGAGAUGAAGGAAAUGACUGAGAAGAAGUACAAGAAGUUACCGGAGGUUGUUAAGGCCAAGCAGAUGAAGAAGGUUCAGGACGAGUACAACCUGAACCGGAUAAAGGCCAGGCUCUUCAAUAGGAGAAUACAGAAGAGGGUGCUGCAAAAGGCCGACAAGUGGGGCAGCUAGGCUUGUUGGUGAGAUUUGGAGAUGAGACCCUUCCAUACCAAGCUGCCUUGUUGAAAUUGACUGUGAUAAUGAUAACUCUUCAAACGUAUAGACAAGUUUACAUGUGUUAAUGGUUAGUUCAUUGUGAAAGACAAACAGUUCAGACUUAUACAAUACCUCUUUGUCUGAACUUGUUGUUAGUAUCAUGGCAAUAAUAGCUUCCAUUUGCUGAUUGGUCACUAUUUAUAGUCACGACAUAGUCAUUCAUGAAAUCUAUUGGAUAGUCAAAACGGCUACCACAACAAAAUGCAGUUGGUUGAAAUUGUCUGGUGAAAGAUGUGUUUAAUUUGCAUUUAUGAAAAGUGCUUUUUUUGCACUGCAUACUUUGUUUACAUACCUAUCCUUCCAGUUAAAGUGUUUGAUAUAAUAAAUAUGCUGUAUACUAAAUCUACAAGCAUAUCAAGAAUCCCAAAAUGAAUUUGUCGGGUGUUGAGUUUCUUAGACUCGAAUGAAGACUUAUGACCUUGUGACCUUUAUGACAAUUAUUUGUAAGACAUUACGCCAUAGUGGAUGCUGCAACAUAUAAGACUUUUUUCUACUUAUCCAUUUUAUUAUAUGUUAACUAAAAAUAUUUUAAAUACACAUAUAUAAUACUAUAAGGGUUAUUUUGCUGUAAAGUGGUUGAAGUGGUUUUGUUUCAAGACAUCGCAGCAGCCAAUUGUAUAAAAUUUGGAUAAGUUGUCCACAUGUUAUCUUUUGGCCACUUUUCACAUUUCAAUGAUUUGAUUGGUUCAUAGAAAUUAUUGGAAAUUAUUGGCCAAUCAAUUUCAACAUGUUGGCUAAUUUUAACCAAUGACAGAAAAUUAGUAAGCUUUAAACAAGUAGAUGCUGAUGACUACUAUGUGCUCUAGUGGUAAUGGUAUUUAUGCUAUGUUAAGUUUACUUCUAAAUUAUAUUUCAAGCUUUGUUUAAAAUACCAUAAAUCAGACUGAAUUGCCACAAUGGGGCUAAUUUAUUAAACUUCAUGUAUUGUUUGAUUUAACAACAUAGCCAUUAUUUGGAUGUUAAGGGCAUUUAUUGAUACAUGCAUACUAUUUAUUUUUAAUUUAUUAUACAAAUAUCUUCAACAUGUUUUUUUUCAUUUAUGGUUUAGUAGUGGAACUUUGAUGUGUAAACUAAAAAUUGCCUUACCAAAUUGAUUUUAUGUCUAUCGCUAGGUUACAGUUUAAAACCAUAUCUUCCCAUCAAGGGAAACCAAAGUUGCAUAGAACACACACAUAUUGAUUUCUUUACAACCAAAUUGAUUUUAUGUCUAUCGCUAGGUUACAGUUUCAACAAUAUCUUCCCAUCAAGGGAAACCAAAGUUGCAUAGAAUAAACAAAUAUUGAUUUCUUUACAACAAAUGACCCUGAAAGCAGAUUUCACCAAUAUAAGUAUUAAAGAAAACACAAUAUAUUUAUAAUAUUUUAUGGUUUGUUCAUAUAGAAAAUUGCAUUUCUCAAUGAAAACUUUUUAGGCCUAUCAACGUUUGACUCAAAUCAUAGUUAUUCUAAGUACCGGGGUAUUUUCCUCAAGAAUGUCAUCUUUUUUUGCUUAUUUGAGAAUUUGUUAAAUGUGUUUUAAGUUUGGUUUUUCAUUAUAAUGCUGAAACUCUUUCCAGCCGGUGACGUGAAACAUAGAAUCAAUUUCGCAUGGCCUAAACUAUAUAGAUAUUCUGUGAUAUUUGUGUGCAUUUAGUUUGUGCCGUCCUAGAACUUCAAUAUCGUCUGCAUGCUUAGUUGUCAAUUUUCUGCUAACGCCAAGUAUUUCAUGUAAUGCAUCUAACAUGUUUUGAAAUUUAAAGUUUUGUUUACAAUGGGGGAUGUUUCAUGUUGUUAAAAACUUAUAUAGCUAAUUAGUAAUGGUACAUUUGUAUUUGUCUACUCAAUGAAAUUAAAAAAUAAAUCAAUUUUAAUACAAAAAUAACAUCUUCAUUAAAUCAUUUCAUCUUCAGUUUGUUGUACUACAUUAAUAUGAACUUAAGUUUAAUAGUUUCUUAAAUGAAUACAAACUCAAGUUCAAUAGCUUCUUAAAUGAAUACGAACUCAAGUUCAAUAGUUUCUUAAAUGAAUACAAACUCAAGUUCAAUAGUUUCUUAAAUGAAUACAAACUCAAGUUCAAUAGUUUCUUAAAUGAAUACAAACUCAAGUUCAAUAGCUUCUUAAAUGAAUACAAACUCAAGUUCAAUAGCUUCUUAAAUGAAUACAAACUCAAGUUCAAUAGCUUCUUAAAUGAAUACAAACUCAAGUUCAAUAGCUUCUUUAAUGAAUACAAACUCAAGUUCAAUAGCUUCUUAAAUGAAUACAAACUCAAGUUCAAUAGCUUCUUAAAUGAAUACAAACUCAAGUUCAAUAGCUUCUUAAAUGAAUAUGAACUUAUGUUGAACAGUUUCUUACAUGAUAUGAAAUCAAAGUGAAAAGUUGAAAUGAAGAUGUUGUGUGCGUAUUUAAGUUGAAAACACAUUCAUUGAGAUAAAUGUAUACCAUUACUCAUGAACUAGUUUAGUUUUAAACAACACAAACCUCCAUCAUUGUAAAUAUGACCUUUCAUAAUUUCAGAUAUAGCUAGAAGAUGUGCUGUAGAUUGUAAAAUAUAUAUUGUAUUUAUUGGAAGAAUUAGUGUCUGAUUAGUGUAUUGUUUAUGUGCUAAACUUUUUGGUACAUGGAAUAAACAUAUUUUC